AGUCUCAAUCUUGACAGUUUCCCACCCAUUUUUCAUUCUCUCUGCACUAAAUUACUUUCCCUUUCGUUAUCCACACGCUACAACAAAAAUGGACUAGACAUCGUUCCGGCGAUUUUUCUCCGUUUUUCGGCGACUUCUAGAGAUCACAGCUGCCGGUCCAUACUCCCUAAGGUCAGAUCCACCUUCCCCAAGCUUGGUUGACUCGAAAUUUUGUCGGAAAAAAGCCAUUUCACCGCCGUGACUCUUCACCUUCCCGGCGUGACUUCGCUCGCUUUUGGUGUCUUUUCGUCUCUCAAGUCACAUAUUUGGACUCCUCGUGACCUGAUCUAUCUCUUAUGAAGUUUUGGAGCAUUUUCAUCACCAAUCGCCGUCGUGGGAAUCCAUAGCCUCUUCAAAGCUUGACAAAGUGGAGAAUGUGGCCAUUAGAAUAGAGCUCAAUAAUGGGCGUGUUGGGUGGGGUGAGGCUCCUAUUUUGCCUCAUGUGACAGCUGGGGAUCAAGAGACUGAUAUGGUGAAAGCUGGUGCGGCUUGUGAGGUUUUGAAGAAGAGUCCAGCCAUGGCUCUGGGUUUGGUUUUUGAGAAGAUUGCUGCUCUUCUUCCUGGUCAUCAGUUUGCUUCUGCCGACUUCGUGAAAAUGCCAUUUCGAGACAAUAGUUUUGAUGCAGUAUAUGCAAUUCAAGCUACCUGUCAUGCUCCUGAUGCAUAUGAAUGCUGCAAAGAGAUUGCACCAGCUCAUGAGGGACUGGAGUUAGGAAUUGGGGAUGCUUCUAUUAUAAAGGCGCUUGCGGAAGCAUAUGGGAGGACUGAUGCCCAGGUUAAGAAGCAACAUAAGGAAAUGGGAGAUUUGGGCCUUGUUGCCAAAGCAAGUCAUUCAUCUCAAUUGAUGAUAUUCAAGCGGCCAGAUGCAUUAUCUAUUUGUAAAGUUUUUGAUGCUUUUCGGCUCAUUGCUCAGGUGCACUGUCUUAUUUUCUUCUUAAAUGAAAAAGCAUUGUUUGGUUUUUGGAAGUGUCAUGUGAGUUAGAUGCCUUAUUUUGUUUGGACAUGCGUGUUUACUUGAUUAUCAUUAUUGUCAAAUUUUCCAUGAAGAAUCAGAUAAACUGGCUAAUUUUGGUCUUCACUAGUGGGAUAAUUCUCCUCAAGAUCUAGAGUUCCACAUUGAAUUGCCCUUUUGAGAAUGCUAGUAUUUGGUUGUUCCAAGUACUGAUUCUCGGACGUUGUGCAUGCAAGUUUUAAACUUAAAAUUGUAAAGAGUAUUUUGAAACAUGUACAUAAUCUUUAAACGAGUACAUACUCACUAUAUAUAUAUAUAUAUAUAUGUAUCCCUGAUUUUCUACGCCAUAAGUAUUUAGAAUGAGAUCAUUAAAACACUGAAUGAUGUCACUUCACUAACCUGGAAGCCCAUGCAGCCAUGCUCUUGAUAACGAUUGUUUCUUGCCUUAGUUUAGUGAGUUGGUGAAGUGACGCACUCCCCCUCCGCUUUAGUAUUUGUUUCUUGUGCUUUAUAACUAUAUAUUAAAUUACAAUUAAUAAUCUUUAAUUAUAAUUAAGUUUUGAGUUGAACAAGUAAUUUCAAUUUUUUUUUUUUUUUUUUACAAGUACUGCAUCAUCACUAUCCCUCUUUACUCACAAGUA